AUGGUUGUUAGCAGUCGUUCAAAAUCAACUUUAACUUUAAACCAACAAGCUCUAUUGGAAAAUCCAAACUCAAUUGAUACUUCCGUCUUCUACGUUGGUGUUGAUGUGGGUACUGGUAGUGCAAGAGCCGCAGUUGUUGAUAACACAGGUUCAAUUUUAGCAUUAUCUGAAAGACCAAUUGCAAGAGAAGAAUUAAAACCAAGUUAUAUCACUCAAUCAACUACUGAAAUUUGGGAUGCAAUUUGUUAUUGUGUCAAAUCUUCUGUUCGUGAUGCUGGUAUUGAUCCAGCUGAUGUUUAUGGUAUUGGGUUUGAUGCAACUUGCUCUUUAGUCGCCGUUGAAGCAUCAAGUGAAAAACCAUUUGCUGUUGGUCCUGAUUUCACUAAUGCAGAUCAAGAUGUUAUCUUAUGGAUGGAUCAUAGAGCUGUUGAAGAAACUGAUGAAAUUAACGCCACUGGUCAUAAAUUAUUGAAAUAUGUUGGUGGUACAAUGUCAAUUGAAAUGGAAAUGCCAAAAUUAAAAUGGUUAAAGAAUAACGUACCAAGUGAAAAAUUCAAACAAGCUAAAUUUUAUGAUUUAGCUGAUUUCUUAACUCAUAGAGCAACUGGUUCAGAAGCAAGAUCUUAUAAUUCAACUGCUUGUAAACAAGGUUUAUUACCAUUAGGAGUUGAAGGUUCUAAAAAUGGUUGGGCUAAAGAUUUCUUGGAACAAAUCAAUUUACCUGAAGUUAUUGAAGACGAUUUUAGAAGAUUAGGUGGUGCACCAGGUUUAGGUGGUCAAUGGUUAAGUGCAGGUGAAACUGUUGGUCCAUUGAAUGAGAAAGCUGCCGAAGAAUUAGGUUUAACUACAAACGCAUUUGUUGGUUCAGGUGUUAUUGAUGCAUAUGCUGGUUGGGUUGGUACUGUUGCUGCUCAAACUGAUAUUGAUAUUCCAGCAUUAGUUGAAAGAGAAAAAUCGAAAGAAGGUAUUGAUAAAUCAGCUGGUAGAUUAGCUGCUGUUGCAGGUACUUCAACUUGUCAUAUUGCAUUAUCAAAAGAUCCUAUUUUUGUUGAAGGUGUUUGGGGUCCUUAUCGUGAUGUUAUUGCACCAGGUUUUUGGUUAGCUGAAGGUGGUCAAUCAUGUACAGGUGCUUUAUUAGCUCAUGUAUUAAAUACUCACCCAGCUUAUUCAGAAUUAGCAAGAUUAGCAGAUCAAUCAAAUGUUUCUAAAUUUGAUUUCUUAAAUUCAAGAUUAGAAUAUUUAAAACGUACUAGAGGUGCAAGAUCUGUUGUUGCAUUAGCAAAACAUUUAUUCUUUUAUGGUGAUUACCAUGGUAAUAGAUCUCCAAUUGCUGAUCCAAGAAUGAAAGCUGCUAUUGUUGGUCAAUCUAUGGAUACUUCAGUUGAUGACUUAGCAAUUACUUAUUUAGGUGCAUGUGAAUUCAUUGCACAACAAACUAGACAAAUUGUUGAAAAGAUGAGAAAAUCUGGUCAUGAUUUAACAUCCAUUUUCAUGUCUGGUGGUCAAUGUAGAAAUGGUCUAUUAAUGAGAUUGUUAGCUGAUUGUACAGGCUUACCAAUCAUCAUUCCAAGAUAUAUUGAUGCUGCUGUUGUUUUCGGUGCUGCUUUAUUAGGUGCUGUUGCAGCUAAAGAUGCAAUUGCAUUAAAAAAUAAAGGUAGAAGAAGAUCAUCAUUAAAAUUAAACUUGCAAAACAAACCAUUGGAUUUCUUAUCAGCUCAAAAAGAUGUUGGUUCACCAUAUACAGCACCUUCAGCUACUGCUUCAACAACUGAUAUUUCAGCUAUAGCAGCUGCAGGUGGAUUCCCAUUCCCAAUGACUGCUGCUAAUCAAAAGACAGUAAAUGAAGAACAAGAAGAUGAUAUUUCAGAUUCUGAAGGUGAAGAACAAACAAUUUCAUUUGGUACUAAAGGAGGUAUUCAAAAAGAUGUUAGUGAUAAAGUUAAAGAUUUACAAAUUAAACAAUCAAAUGAAAAUAAAGCUCCAGGUGAAGAUUUAUGGAAUAUUAUGGUUAAAUUAUCUGGUGGUGGUAAAGUUGUUGUUCCAUCUCCAGAAGAUAAUUCAGAUAGACAAUUAUUAAAUGCUAAAUAUAAAAUCUUUUUAGAUCAAGCUGAAACUCAACAAAAAUACCGUGAAUUGGUUGAUGAUAUUGAAGUCACAAUUGCAAAACAUACAGCAAAAGCUUAA